AUGGAACUUUGAACGAGUCGGCGGCAACCACUCCAGCAGAUAGGGAGCACUAAGUUAGACCAGACCAACUUGACAGCUGAUCAGGUUGACAAGGCUAUAAGGAGGUGGUAGGUAGUUGGCAUCAGGUGUUUUCGAAAUAUUUGUUAGAUCUAGGACGGGCAGCCAGCCGACCACAGUCAAGCAUGAGAUCAAGCUAGAGGAUCCCAAACCUUUUAACCAACCCUAUUGUAGGAUUCCUCCUGGAACGUACAAAGAGAUGGACUGGCUGUAUUUCCUAGUGGGCUGUGCAGUACUGUUCCUGCUGCUACAGAUCUGUACACUAUUACGGUCUGAUUGUGACCUAGCUCUUAUAUGGAUGAAGUAUAUUGGGAAAUCUCCAGAAAGUCUGAAGGGCCAGGUUGUGUGGGUGACAGGAGCCUCAAGUGGAAUAGGGGAGGCCCUGGCUCUGAAAUUAGCGUCUGCAGGUUGCCGUCUGGUACUUUCAGCUCGGAGGGAGGACAGACUUCAAACACUCAAACAACGAUGUGUAGAGCUAGGGUAUGGUACACCGAAUGAUUACCUGGUGCUGCCUUUAGAUUUACUGGACUAUGACUCUCACAAAGGUUUGGUGGAAACUGCACUUAAAUAUUUCAAAAAGAUCGACUGUCUGGUGAACAAUGCAGGCCGGUCACAGAGGGCUGUGAUAAGCAAAACAAGUUUUGCAGUUGACCAGCAGAUGCUUGCAGUCAACACCUUAGGUUCAAUAUCAUUGACCAAGGCUGUCUUACCAGUUUUUAUCCGACAAAAUUCCGGCCAGGUGGUGGUCACUAGCAGUUUGGCAGGUAAAAUCGGUUCACCAGGCCUCGCCUCAUACUGUGCCAGUAAAUACGCCCUUCAUGGUUGGUUCGACUGUCUGCGUGUUGAAUCGGUGAUGUAUAAUAUACAUGUAACUGUGGCCUGUCCUGGUCCUGUGUUCUCAGAAGCUCUGAUACAUGCAUUCACUGAGGAUCCCAAUAAGAACUUGGGUCUGAAAAUGCAACCUGGGGAGAAAAGGAUGACAGCAGCUCGCUGUGCUCACCUCAUGGCUCUGGCCAUGGCCAACAACAUGGAUGAAGUAUGGUUAACAGCCAACCCAGAGUUAUCCUACCUUUACAUGAACCAAUACUUACCUAGCAUAUUUCACUGGUUAGCCAAACGUUUUGGACAGAAAAGAUUAAAGAAGAUAUUGGAAGGAAUUGGAGACCUCCAUUAGUCCAGAGUGAUCUUAGGGCCCACCAUUGACUGAUCUUUAUUGACCUAGCCAUAAAAGACGAAUCUUUUCUCUACUUUUCUACUCUUCAUUACUGAUGAGGAAUCAAAAGUUUGAAGAGUUUAUAAUUAAUUACUGCAGGACUACCAUAUUCAUAACAAAACUUACUUAACCCAAAACCCACAACAUAUGUUACCAUGUGAAUGUAUUCUGAAAAAGACAGCAACCAUAGUGUCCAGACAAACAAGGUUCACAUGAUAAUCAACUUCAUGUAUUGUGUGUAUGUAUUACAUUUCCCACAAUUUGAAACUGCCUUACAACCCUACAUUCCGAAAGUCACAUCCUACCCACCAUGAGAAUUUUGUAAACUGACAGCUGAACCAAUUGAUAAAAUAGGGUUCAAUAUACACCAACCUUGCAAUUCUGGUCCUUGUACUUAGAGCUGAGAAACGGGCUGGUCUGUGCUGUUGUGUCCUAGAGCAAGACACUUUACCCUAAUAUUGCUCUGGAUGGCAUUUGUUGGGCCUCCUGUAUGUUGUUCAGUGAGGUAUUCACCAACUACUACAAUAAGACCCCACCUCAAUAUUACCCUGGUUGUUCAUGGAGAGAUAAGCCCAUCAAACAAAAUAAUAAGCUAAACAUGACCAUAUUUGGAAGUAUUCUAUCUAAAUAUAAGAAACAGCAGAACACAGGAUUAUUUGGUUACAUAUAUUUUAUAUUUCAAAGCAAUGUUCACCUUCUACACAUCAAUUAAAUAAGGCAACUAUAUGGUUAGUGAAUGUCAUUUUCUCCGAAGAUUUUUGGCACUACAACAAAUAAUAAUGAUAAUAAUGAUAGAGCUUUAUUUACAGAGAAGACCUCAGUUAUACAAAACAGUUUCAACAUCAUUCUCUCCUAUAAUGCAUAAGUUAUGUAAACAAUAUAUAUAUAUAAAACAGUUAUAUAAAUAUAGGUUGUGUGACAGUCAAAUCAACAUACAUCUCUUUUGACACCUGUCAAAUGAACACAUCUCUUAGUGGACACCAGUUAAAAACAAGGAAUGAAUAUGAGAAAGAUUGGAACUUGCUCCUCUAUAAAUUCUACAGCAUGUUAUGUACAAGUUAUCUCCCUUGAUUCAGAGUGACGAAGCAAGUAUACAUAUGCCAAUACAAGCUACUUUAGAAAACUUGUUGCGUCGAAAUGCGACAUCAAAGGAGUUGGGUGUUUUUUAUUAAUUGCAAUAUUUUUAUCCUUUCAAACUAAAUGAUACAUAUUAAUGUAAUUUCACAUUAUGGUGUUAAUGCACAUUUUAUUGGUGGUUGGGUGGCACAAUGGAAACACUCCUCUUUCAUCUAGACGGCCGGGGUUCGAUUCCCUAAUGUGAUGUGAAAAGGUAUGGGGUCACCUGAUCUACCACUAGGGUUUUCAUAAAGUUUACAAUUUCCAUGGCAGACAUUUUGACUUAUUUGUGUUAACAUAGAUAUAGACACAACUAUAUCCUAUAUGUGAACCUUGAUGUUAUAGAAUACUCCACAAGUUUCCAAUCUCCCUUAUGUAUACAUCACUGCUUAAACCAACACAUCUUGUAAUACUCCACAAGUUUCCAAUCUCCCUUAUAUACAUCCCUGCUUAAACCAACACAUCUUGUAAUUACUUUGUGACAAGACUCCCUGUACAAAAUCAUGUUAAGAAUAACUUUAAAUUUACGAACUUAAAAGCCAUACUAUGUUUGCAUAUGAAAAACAUGUAAGUUGUAUUUUCUGAUGAAAUUGAUCAGAUAUGCUUGUGCAAUAUGACAUUGUGAAUACAAUUUUACUCUUCUAAGCCUAUACAAACCUGUAAUAUAACAGGAAAAGUUUGAUUGAUGUAUUGAAAUAACAAUAAAGAUAAAUCAAAAUAUUAUGUAUUCUGUUUUGCAUAUUAUGAGUAGUUUAUUUCUGACUCUGGCAAUCACACUAACAAACUUUAAAAAAUAUGAGUUUUCAUGUAAUGUAUAAGGAUUGAAUAAUGUUUUCAUGGAUCUCAAGAUGAAUUUAACACCAUUCUGCUUCCAUCUCAUGAAAUCAAUAAAAGACAUUUUCCAUCUUUAACUGUAACGUACUUGAAAAGUGUUAUCCAAGAAGGAUUCUGUAUACAAGAUCUGGGCAUUUAUGUGGACAAGCCAGUUAGUCAAUUUUUAAUUGUAUUAUUUCAGGCAUAAAUCUUGAUAGACUUCUAGAUAUUAAAACCGACAUUGAAAGUCUUUGUCAAGGUCGUCCAAAUCGAUUUAAAAUCACUAGGUCUGUCAUUAUUUCAUGAACUAACUCUGGUCAAACCAUUUGUACCAAGAUAAACGAAAACAGCCCUCAUAAUGCUUUGUAUCAUUCUGUACAGGGAGAUAACUCUUGAUAAAAAUUACAAGUAUGUUUUAAAUGUUUAAAGUAUUGAUACAAUGAAGAACAAAACAGGAGUUAAUCCUGAUGUUAAUCAUAUUAACACCAUAUAACUACUCGGAGUCAUGUUAUUGCACAUUUUGAAGAAAACAUAAAAGUACAUUCAUACAUAACAUCACAAUAACUCAACAUUCUGCUUGCCA